UGGUCGUCGAACGUAACACUUCUCUUUCUCCCUGCCUCUAGCCCUAACAGCGUCAUUCUCUCAACCAAAAAGCGCUCUCCCGAAACUCAAACCAGCUGAAGGAGGUGGAUUGGAUUCCUUUUCUUUUGUCUUUAAUCUGAAUUUUCAGAAUCAGAAAGAGUCGAAAGGAGAUGGGCACGAAGGAAAGGGCCAAGGAACGAAGGGAAAAGAGAAUGCAAGAAAUAUCCCUUCUCAGGACCAUUCCUUACUCCGAUCACCAGAGGUGGUGGUCUACAGAAACCAUUGCUGUGGUUACCGGUGGUAAUAGAGGAAUUGGAUUUGAGAUUUCAAGACAAUUUGCAAUGCAUGGGUUGACCGUCAUCUUGACAUCAAGAGAUGUUUCUGUUGGCCUUGAAGCAGCUAAGGUCUUACAGGAAGGUGGUCUGAAUGUUGACUUUCAUCAACUGGAUGUCUUGGAUGCUUUAUCCAUCAAACAGUUUGCUGAUUGGCUGCUACAAAACUAUGGUGGCUUGGAUAUUCUGAUAAAUAAUGCUGGAGUAAAUUUCAAUCUUGGGUCUAGCAAUUCUGUAGAGUUUGCUCAGAUGGUCAUUUCUACCAACUAUUUUGGCACCAAAAAUAUGAUACAAGCAAUGAUUCCCUUGAUGAAACCGUCAGCUGCUGGUGCUCGCAUUGUUAAUGUCAGCUCAAGGUUGGGCAAGCUGAAUGGCAGGCGGAAUAGACUGGAAAAUGUAGCAGUUAGAGAACUACUUAGCAAUUUGGAUACACUCUCAGAGGAAGUAAUUGAUAGGUUCGUGUCUACCUUUUUGCAACAAGUUGAAGAUGGAAGUUGGGAAACUGGCGGGUGGCCUCAGUCGUUGACUGACUACUCUGUAUCAAAACUUGCAGUUAAUGCGUACACUAGGUUAAUGGCAAAAAUAUUCACUGACCGACCCGAGGGUCAUAAGAUUUAUGUGAACUGCUACUGCCCUGGUUGGGUGAAAACUCCUAUGACAGGAUUCGCUGGGAAUGUUUCAGCUGAGGAAGGGGCUGACACUGGUGUAUGGCUUACCUUACUUCCAGAUCAGGCAGUAACAGGUAAAUUUUUUGCUGAGCGACGGGAGAUAAGCUUCUGAGGGAAUUGGGCUGAAGAUCAAAUUACCCAGCAAGUAUGAAAGAGAAGACAAUCCAAGAAUUUUGAAGUUUGUAAAAUCGACUGUGCUUUCAGAGGUAGAAACUGUAUCGCUGAAAUGGAGGUGGACAUGUUAAACAACCCGAGAUUUUUAUUAUGGGAAGCCUCGAGCAUUUCCAUGAUCGAAUCUUCAGCACUCAACGGUGGUAUGCCAAUUACUAGCUUUCAAGCAAUAAUUUUGUCACUAGUUAAAUACCCGCCACGAGAAUAAGUGAGGUAAGACCAAAAAUAUGUUUGGCCAGGAAUUUCAGACCAUGUAAAUUAGUUGCUCUUUGUAUUAAUUUCUUAGAAGUGCGGUCGAAAUGUAGUUCUUGUUUCAAAAAACAUAUCUGACAGAUUGCUUGAUAUUUCCGGGCCUCUGUUUGGGACAUGAUAUCUUGGCGCAAUUAAAAGAUUUAUCUUAGCAGGCGUAA